AUGCUCUCCGUGCUUCGCCGUUGCUCGCCCUCUCCCAAGCUCCUCGCGACUUCGUUCAGCGUGACAUCGAGCUCGGCAGAGCUGCAGGACGCGUCCUAUUCCACUCCCGGCUCCGUGGACCUGCUCUCAUCUGUUGGCAACACGCCGUUGCUAGAGCUCACGACGCUCUCCAAGCUCACGGGAUGCAAACUCCUCGCCAAGGCCGAGUACGCCAACCCCAGCGGCAGCAUCAAGGACCGCGUCGCCAAGUCCCUUAUCCUGGAUGCGGAAGAGCGCGGCCUGCUCAAGCCUGGAGGAACCAUCAUCGAAGCGACUGGAGGCAGCACAGGUGUCUCCCUCGCUCUGUUGGGAGCUUCACGCGGCUACAAGACGCUGCUGACGAUGCCCGACAUCACGGCCAAGGAGAAGGUCCAGAUGAUGAAGACCAUGGGCGCCGAGGUCCACAUCCUGCCCACAACGUCCAUGUCGGACAAGGAGAACCACUUCUUCCACGUAGCUCGUCGGCUAGCAGAGACGACGCCCAACGCCUACUGCCCCAACCAGUUCGACAAUGUCGCCAACAUGCGCGCACACUAUGAAGGCACUGCGCCGGAGAUCUGGCAGCAGGUUGGAGGAGAGAUCGACGGGUUUGUGACAUCUGCGGGCACUUCGGGGACUAUUGCGGGUAUGUCGAGGUUCUUCAAGGAGCAGAACAAGAGUGUGAAGGUGUGGCUCAUUGACCCGGAGGAGACUGCGGCUAUGUCGGUCUUCAUCAACAACGAGCGCUCGACCAGCACCAUCGAAGACGGCUUUGAGGUGGUGCCCAUGGCCACCGGAUCAACCAUUGCCGAAGGAGUGGCGGCGCUCUCGCGCGUGACUGAGAACCUGCGCCAGUCGGUGGUGGACCGGGGCGUCACUGCCACAAACCAGGAGAUUGUGGAAAUGGCCUACUUCCUGCUGAGGAACGACGGCGUGUUUGUGGGUCCUAGUAGUGCACUGAAUGUGCUUGGAGCGGUCAAGAUGGCGAGGGAACUGGGUCCUGGACACACCAUUGUGACGAUCCUGGCGGACGGAGGUGUGCGCUACGGCAGCAAGUUGUAUAACGAAGAGUGGCUGGCGGAGAACGACCUGCUGCCGCGGGAAGGCUUGACGUCGCUGGACUUUGUGGGCGAACUCUCGUUCCCCAACACGGUGUAA